AUGACAUCACUAGAAAAUCCAACAUCAGCUUCUUAUUAUGAAGAAUCUGUAUCCAACACAUCAGCCACCAAUACUCCAACCACAGUUCAUAACAAUAAUAAUCAAUAUUAUCAAGACUCACCUACAUCUACGUAUACUUAUGAAGUUGAUCAAGAAUUUCAACAACACGAAGGAUAUGAACAACAACAACAGCAGCAACAACAAAUAGAAGAAGAGGAGGAUAAUACAGGGACAGAACAACCAUUUUAUGUUAAUGCAAAACAAUAUCAUCGAAUUUUAAAAAGAAGAAUAGCAAGAGCUAAAUUAGAAGAAAAUUUAAAAAUUGCAAGAACUAGAAAACCUUAUUUACAUGAAAGUAGACAUAAACAUGCAAUGAGAAGACCAAGAGGUCAAGGGGGUAGAUUUUUAACUGCUGCAGAAAUAGCAGAAUUGGAAAAAUCUAAAAAAGAACAACAACAAGCUGAAAGUGGCAUUAAAAUUGAGAAUGAUUCAAAUGAUCAACAUAAAGUAGAACCAGAGAAGGAUAAAAAAGAUGAAGUCAAUAAUACUAAUGAGGAUAGUAGUAAGAAUAAUACCCCGACUACCACCAAAGAAUUGGAGAAAAUAAUUAGUAAUGGAAUGAAUGAAGAAGGAAAGGAGAAUUCUGAAGUUAAAUUGAAAACUGAACCAAAUUUGACAGUGGAUGCUGUAUAA